UAAAUCAUAACCAGAGUGGUUCAUAUGCAUGGCGUGUUGGCAGCCGAACUAGAAAUUACCUAGAGUGUAAAGGGUAUAAAAAGUCGACUGAAGGAACCAAAAAUCAGUACGGCUUCGUGCUUCAUAACAUCAAGAUGUUUAAGUCCGCAGUUUUUCUCCUCCUGCUUGUCAGUUGUUUCCAAGUGCAGGAAGUAGCUGGUGGUCAUUCGAAGAAAACAGGCGCCAACAAACAUCUAAAAAAUACAGCCGACUCAGAAACUCCACGCGAGAAAGCUUCCUUGAAAGAGGAAAAAGCCGGGUUGGAGGUCCCCCUCGCGAAGACCUCCUCCUCGAAGAAAGCCGCUGCGGAGUCAGGCAAGGUCAUGUCAGACACUCAGGCCAACAAGGUCAAGCCAGGGGUCAAGACCUCUGGAUCUUCCUUCGUGAAAGCCGCUGUUAAGGAGAAGAAGAACAAGAAGACAGACGCUCUGGAUGUCACUCCUCUUCUCCGCCUCAAGACGAGCGGGAACGAGGCAGAAGAGGGGGAGGGGGACGCCAGGACCGACGUCGUGCCAUACGUUAAAGUCCCUUUGUAUAAGAAAGCGACAAAGCUUGAUAAACGACAACUGGGAUACUGCUUUACCAGUGACGGCAGAAUGUACCAAACAGGAGACACUUACACUGAUAACUGCAUUCUCUACCUUUGCCUCAUUGACGAGGGGUAUCCCCUGGGAACAGACGAAUCAUGUUGUUGGGGUGAGGAUAUGAACUUACAUCCAGACAGUUCUACUUACGACGUAUACUGUCAAACCUUCCUGUGUGAUAAUGGGACACAGAUUAUCACUAACACCAACGUCACAGAAUGCUGCGUGGAUAUGAACGGGCAAUGGUAUGAGAAUGGAGAAAUAUAUUCCGUGGGCUGCAAGGAGUGGCAGUGUGCUGAAGGCAUCGCGAUGGAGACAGGCAACCCGACAGUUGAGUGUUGCAUCGGUCCAGAUGACCUGCCACGUUUUAAUGGCCAGACCUUCUUCGUGGAGUGCAUGGCUUACAUGUGCGUGGAUGGCAUGGUGCUCCCUUCGCCUGCCCUUGUCACUGAGUGCUGUACAGAUGACCUCGGUCGCUGGCACGAAAGUGGAGAGACGUUUACUGUUAACUGUGUCGAAUAUUAUUGCAAUGGAGGGAUAUCAAUGAAGAAUCCUGUCAGUCAUACACCCGAAUGCUGCAACGAUAUCGACGGGAACUGGUAUGCCAAUGGACAGACGUAUAUCCACCGGUGCCAAGGAUACACUUGUCUGGGAGGAGCGUCUGCCUAUCUCCCAGGGAUGGUACAGGCGUGUUGCGGGACUCAAGACGGGCGUUGGUAUCAAGACGGAGAAACAUUUACGGAGAACUGUGUCGAAUACGUGUGUCAGGGAGGCUUUCAAGAGAGGCUUCACCAAGGGCAUCAAGCUGUUUAUAAUUGUUGUCGGGACGUGGACGGAAAAUGGCACGCGAACGGGGAGACGUACGUGUACAUGUGUGAUGCCUACCUGUGCGAGGACGGCACGUCGAUCCUUCAGCAUCAAGUCGUGGACAGAUGCUGUAUGGAUAGCUCGGGCGAAUGGCAUGAAAACGGGGCAUUGUACAGUGACCAGUGCAAAGAGUUCGUCUGUAACAGCGGCGUUGCAUCGUUUUCAUAUUACCCGGCGCACGACUGUUGCAGGGACGCUACGGGUAACUGGCACCAACAUAUGGAGACUGUAACGGUGGGCUGCGAAGUAUUUAUCUGUAUAAAUGGCACCAACACAUGGACACCUGCGCACGCCGAGGAAUGCUGCGCUGACAGUCAGGGUAACUGGCACAUGAGCGGAUCUACUUUUCAAGACAAUGGGAACGAGUACCUUUGUGAAAAUGGCAUUUCUGUCCUCAUAAACGAAGGCGUUGGCACGACCGUGUAGGAGGAAGGCGAAGGAGCUGGAGGAGGAGGAGGAGGAGGGGGAAGGAGGAGGCGAAGAAGGAGGAGAGGGGAGAUAGAGGAGG